UCUCAUGAAUCACCCUUUUGUCUUAUCUCUUAUUAAUUUUUCCACUCCCAUAUGUGUCAAUAAGCAAUCAUGCGCAUUUCACCACACGUAUUUUUGCUUUGACGUUUUGUUUUGGUCAAAUAGUAGACUCGUUUAAGUCAAGAAGAGUUGUGUAUUGAUUUGUUCUAAAUUCGUACUAAAAAAAAUUAUAUCGUCAAAAUGACAAUUUUGACGAAACCGUUUUCAGAAAAGAAAGGCGACAAAGCCGUAACUCCGUUGGUAUUAAAUGAACAAGCUACGCCCCCGUCGGCUCCCGAAGAUGUCGAAUCCCAACAACGCAGGAUGCCGCGCAUCCUCAUUUUUCCUACGGGUACAAGUCCGCAUCGCGUCACUACAGCCACUACGUUAUGUCUUCUUUUAACGGCCAUAUCAGUUGUCGGCGUUGGUAUAGUUGGCGGAAAGAUUUUAUACGAUCAGUAUCUCCGAGCGGCACCGAAACAAUACGAAUUCGAUGGUUCCCGAUUCGAAGGAUGGGCUCAGAUACCUUUGAAAAACGCGUACGAUGAUACAGAAGUAGAUGAAACUGACGAUUUUCUAAAUAAAAUAUUCCCAACAGAAAAUUACCCUGAUAUGUGGAGCGACGAAGACGAAGAGUUCCAAAAGAAAAUCGUCAAGGAUUAUUUCCAAGAGAAUUUCGAAAUAAACGACGACGAAAAAUACGAAAAAAUCGACGUGCCUGAUUUCAGAGACGGUCGCAGCGGUCGUUUCAUCCACGAUUUCAAUACUAAUACCACGGGUAUUAUCGAUAUAACGGGUCACAGGUGUUUCGUUAUGCCUUUGAAUAGAGACAACGUUUUGCCGCCGAAAUCGCUCUUCGAUUUGAUACACAAAAUGUGGGAGGGAUAUUACAAAGUCAACACAGACAUCGUCAGAAGAAACAUGAAAGUCGUACUUCCCCCCAUUAAAGAUACGAAAAGCAUUGGAGGGUACAUAUCGAGUGAAUGCGAUGGUUUACCAAUCUAUAGAUUAGAAAAUUACGUCGGAGGUGUUGUUAAGAGAUCGGCGGAUGAAGAGAAAGAAGCCGUUUUCUCUCAAUUCGCUGGUCAAGGUCUUUUCCAAAUUGAUAUUGCAAAUUGGAACGAAGUGCGUGCUUAUGAAGAGAAUUUGAAUAAGCAUUAGACACAUUUACAUAUAUAAAUAUAUAGAUUAUUUGAAUAUCUUAUAUUGAAUAUUAUAUAUAUAUAUAAAAAAUUGGAAUAUCUAGUUGAAAAUUUCACUUUUGCAUUUCGCUUUUCAUCAUUUUAAAAUAUAUUCUUUUAUAGCGUAGACGUCCUUGUAUGUGUUGAAAAAAGUACUCGUGUCAUAGUUUUGGUGCUUAUUUUGGAAAUUUUUUUCUUAUAAUUGUUGUAAAGUAGGGCGGUAAAUUGAAACACUUUUUCUCAGUGUAAAAUAAUCGCACCAUAUUUGUUAAUCAUAAAUAAAAUACCAGUUGGAUAAAUCGAUAAUUUUUGUUGUGUAUUUUUUAAAUAAAUUUGAAAAACCGUA